CCCGUUGACGUUCACGGACUUCUAGUGGAUGUCCGUUCCCUCGACCGAACGAUUGCCGAAACCGCAUUGCAAUGUGCUCAUGGCACAAUUGCGGGACUACUUGCACACUGCAGUACCAACUCCGUUGAUGGACGCCGUAGCAGAGGUUGUCGACCUUCACGCUUACAUCACAAAGAUCGACCUCGAGUUCAAGAUGCAACGGUACGACGACAUCGACGCACCAUUGCUAUACGUACGCAUUCAGAUUGGAGAGGCGACCUGCAGUGCCUUGAUCGAUUGCAUAGCGUCUCGCAACUACAUCAUCCAGGACUUCAUGGUACGCGCCGGCCUUGGCCCACGUGUCCGGAGGAAGUCCCAGCCUACGCAAGUCACUCUGGCAGACGGUCAUACGCACAAGUCCAUCGACCGGUGCAUUGACGCUGUCCUAGUGUACUUUGCCCCUCACGCAAGUGAGGCGGUGUCCUUUGACAUUCUGGACACCAAAUUCGACAUGAUCUUUGGCAUGUCAUGGCUGCGAAGCAAGGAUCACUCGGUGAACUUCUUCAACUGCACCGUUCACGUUCACCACCAACGCGAAAUUCGCAAGGAGGAUCGCUACAAGACAGCGUUCAAGACACGGUAUGGGCAUUUCGAAUGGCUGGUCAUGCCGUUUGGCCUUACGAAUGCCCCAGCCACUUUCCAAGCCGCUAUGACAACGGAGUUCCGACACAUGCUGGAUCGGUUUGUACUCAUCUACCUCGACGACAUCUUGGUGUAUAGUCGGAGUUUGGACGAGCAUGUGGAACACCUGCGCACCGUUUUGGAGCGGCUACGACAAGCCAAGUACAAAGCAAACCGCGACAAGUGCGAGUUCGCACAGCAGGAGCUGGAGUACUUGGGACACUAUGUGACGCCGCAAGGCAUCCGUCCGCUUGCGGACAAGAUCGAGGCCCUACGAGUAUGRCCCGAGCCCACCAACACCACAGACGUUUGUUCAUUCAUGGGGUUGGCGGGCUACUAUCACCGAUUCAUCACCGGAUACUCCAGGAUUGCUGCACCUAUGACGAGGUUAGAGUCGCCAAAGGUGCCAUUCGUAUUCGAUGACGACGCACGCCGGUCAUUCCAAGCACUUAAGACGGCUAUGCUCCUGGCACCCGUCCUUAGCAUCUAUGACCCCACCCUGCCGACGCGAGUGACUACGGACGCUUCCGGCUAUGGCAUUGGGGCAGUCUUGGAACAACACGACGGCGACGACUGGCACCGUGUGGAGUUCACAUGGGUCACAGACAACAAUCCAUUGACCUACUACAAGACGCAGGACAAGGUGAGCAGCACGAUCGGACGAUGGAUGUACUUCAUCGACCAAUUUGACUUCACACCGAAACAUGUCCCCGGCCUCUCCAAUCGCGCAGCAGAUGCACUCUCGCGAAGACCUGAUCUUUGCGCUAUGUCACAUCAUGCCUUCGCAUUCGACGAGGAGCUUCAGCAACACUUCAUCCGGGCAUAUCAGUCUGAUCCGGACUUCGGCACGCUCUAUGCACAGUUAUCUUCGGAUCACCCGCCGGCCAGCCAUUACCGCAUUGCCGACGGGUACUUGCUCCUCCACUCGAGAGGCAAGGACUUACUAUGUGUCCCACGGGACCGUCGUCUUCGGACUCGCCUCCUCGGCGAGUACCAUGAUUUAGGACUCGCCGGCCAUUUCGGAGUCAACUGCACUAUUGCACGGCUUCGACAGCGAUUCAGAUGGCCCGACCUCGUUACCGAUGUCACUCGGUAUUGCGACUCUUGCGAAGUUUGCCGACGCAGCAAGCCCCGCAACCGCAAUCCCUACGGCGAGUUACACCCGAUGCCUAUCCCACGGGAACCCGGUCUCUCCAUUGCCAUGGACGUCACCGGUCCGUUUUCUCGCGACCGGCUCGGGCACGACGGCAUCCUCACUGUUGUGGACCGAUUGAGUAAGUACGCGCGUUUUCUCCCUUGCAAGUACUACUCCACGGCUCCCGAGCUGGCACGCCUCCUGCACACUGGUUGGAUUUGUGGCCACGGUGUACCAGAAGACAUUGUCAGCGACCGCGACACUCGCUUCAUGUCGGCGUUUUGGACUACUCUCAUGCAAGAGUCCGACACAACAAUGAAACCAAGUUCGGCUCGACAUCCUCAGACAGACGGGCAGACGGAGCGGGCACAUCAAACCGCUCAAAUGAUACUUCGUACGCUCAUCUGUCUGAACCAGAAAGAUUGGGUUGACCGCCUCCCCGACAUCGAGUUCGCCUACAACACUUCGGUGCAUCCGGCGAUCGGCGUGACUCCAUUCGAGUUGCACCACGGUGGACGGAAAGACCGGAUCUUCGCAGACCUUCUCCUCCCUCGACCAGCCGACAUUGACGCUGCCUGCUCUCCCGCUUCCGUCCGAAAGAAAAUGUCUAACCAUGGGGCUCAGCAGCAGCCACAGGUGGAAGUUGUAAUGAAUGUGGAAGGUCAACAGCCUUCAACCUCCACUCCUCCUUCUCCACCUCUGACUGCUACUCAGCAGGAGAAGGAGUUGCAAGAACAACUGCGGCGUCAACAGGAACGCCUUGCAGAAUUGGAACGGCAGGAGGCAGCUGAGCUAGAGGUUGCAGCAGAUAAUUCCAGAAGGGAGUAUCUGUUGCAGCAGCUAGACGAGGUGCUCUCAGAUGAGCGUUGUGCACAAGUGACUAGGCACCUGGCAGAGACGAUCAUUCUGGAGCACAAGAUCACCAGUUCCUACUUCACGAGCUGGGAUGAUCGUUUUGAUCGUUUGGAGCGUCGGGUUGACGACCUGGCAGCUCAGCAGUCUAAGAUUCUGGAUGCGAUUCAUAACUUGACUGCUCAGCUGUCAGCCGCCAAGCUGAUUGCCCCUCAGCUCCCUCUGCUAAAACCCAAACCUUCUCCUACUUCUACCCCUCCUUCAUCCCCCCAUGGUUUAGUGCAUUCUUCCCAGACACCAUCUCAUUCCCAAAAGACCCCAGGCAAAACCACCUAUGGUGCUGUUACUACAGGGGAUCAAAGAGGUCCCAAGAUCCCUGCAUCCAACAAGUUUAGGGGUGAUGACCCCAAGACCGAUGUUGGGGACUCGGUUGCUGGGACCAAAGCCUACUUGAGGGGCUUUGUCUGUGUAGAACAGACCAAGGUGGCGACUGUUCUGGGACUGCUGGAGGGACCUGCAUUGAAGUGGGUCACCUCCACCUCCAGCAGUCUGCAGCAGUCCAUGUAGGACUGGGCUUUUGGGCUUGGGGUGGACAAACUUAUGCAGGCCCUGGAGGACCGUUUUGCAGACAGGGAGC